AUGCCCGGUAAAGAAUUAACAGCGUGGCUGGAUGAGUAUGGUCUAUCUCAUCAAAAUCCAAUCAAUAUUCUCAUACACAAAAUAUGUGUACCAACAAUAACAGUCACUCUUCUUGCUAUGCUCUGGUGUUUGCCAAUCAUACCGAAAACUAUUCGUAAUACAAUAUCUAUUGGUCAAGUUGGUCUUCUCAAUCCUUCGCUUAUACUCGUACCAGUAUUUGCUUUCUAUUGGAAUCUUUCGUCUCCGAUGGCUAUAGCAAUGGCAGUUCUAUUUGUUAUAGUCAUGGGUUUUUUGGUAUUCUUAGAAAAAAAUAAUGUACGAAUAUUUCGUUUAGCAUUGAUUGUUUUUAUCCUUGCUUGGAUUGGACAAUUCGUUGGACAUGAAAUUGAAGGAAAAAAACCAGCAUUUUUCAAAGAUUUACAAUUUCUUUUAAUUGGUCCUCUUUGGACAUUGGCUCACGCAUUUCGUUACUUCGGCAUUGACUAUUAA